GGCGCCGCCGUGGCCCCGCGCCGCCGGGCAGCGCCCAAUGGCGGCGGCCCCGCGCUGCCGCUGCCCGGGGGGGGGGCGGGCCGCCACCGCCUCCCCUCAGCGCGCUGUCCGCCAGCGCGGCCGGCGGCAGCGUCGCCCCGCGGAGCGGUUCCGCAGCACUUGAAAAGAAAAGGAAGGGCAAAGGAGGUGUUUUCCCUUAGCGGCUCAUCUUCACCGUACCUCUUCCAUUCUGCUUUCUCCUUACAAUCCCCAAGUGAAGAUGAGUAGCCUGCUGCGAAUAUGACGUCUCUGUCUAGUGUCAUUGCCUCCCACCAGUCUGAGUGGGUGUCCUUCGCUGAUGAGCUGCUCCUCCCUGUUACCCCCCGAGGCAGUGCUGAGGAGCCUCUGGAGAAAUGUUUUUCUUCCUCAGAAACCUCCUCAGAAGAGAACCACAACGUGGAUGGAGAAUGUCAAGACCUCUCCCACACAGAGCUAGAAGAUGCAGCUGACCAACCCAAGGUGGAUGCUGCUUUGCUUGGGAACCAUGUGUGUCCCAGCACUGAUCUGUCGUCAUCCAUCAGUGCUUGGGUUCAGUUUGAAGAUGCACCAUGGACCAGUGUUUCAUCGACCAACACACAAGCAGUGUUUCCAUCGAAAGCACCCAGUUGGACUUCUCCCUCCUCCAACUCUUCUGAGAGGCAAGCCCGUGCCUCAGAGAGCAGCUGGACAACCAACUCGGAGGACACCAGCAGCCCAAGCAUUGCUCCCUCCUACACAGAUCUGCAGUCAAUUAAUACUGAGGACUUGACCAGUGGUAGAACAUCUGCAGCAGAUUCAGCUGACAAUUCCUCGUCUCUCCAGGAAGAUGAAGAGAUAGAUAUGGAGGCUGUCAACUGGCAGCUGAACAACACCUCCAUGAAUGGGCAUUCAUCUACCCCAACCACAGUUCGCUUUCCCAGCUGGGUGACUUUUGAUGACAAUGAAGUCAGUUUUUCACCACAGAACCUUUCUCCCUUGAAGACAGACACCCCACCUGCAGAAACACAGAUGCCAGAUGUUAACUUUAACCUCACUACAUCCUUUAAAAGAGAACGUCCUAAAAGCACAUUGGGGGACCUCUCCAAAAUUCAAAAACUAGAUCUCUCCUCCUUAACCAAGUUGCCUUCUGUUGAAACACCACCAUGGAGUGCUACUAAUCCCUUCCUAGAUGAAUCUCUGCGAGAUGUCCAACCCUCACCCAUCAAUCCUUUCAGCUCAUUCUUUGAGGAGCGAGACAGGCGUUCCAAAAGCUCCUCUGUCUCCAGUGCUCCAGGCAAAAGCCAAAGAGAAUCUCUCAUUAUUCUCCACCAAGAGCCUGAUACCAUCAGUUUCCAUGAGGCAGGCAAAAGUGUAACCCACACAGAUGCUGUGGAGCAGCUCAAGCAACUCCAGAUUGGAGACCCAGAUCAUGUGAGCAGCCCUACCUUGCCUGAUGAUGACCCCAUGAUGCCGUAUGAUCUGGAUGCAGCCUUAUUUAACCUGUCACCAGCUCAGCCAAAGGAUGGCUGGCCAAUGAUGCUCAGGAUCCCAGAGAAGAAGAAUAUUAUGUCAUCCAGGCACUGGGGACCAAUAUACGUCAAGCUGACUGACAGUGGAUGUAUACAGCUUUUUUAUGAGAAGGGACUGGAGAAACCUUUCCGAGAAUUCAAACUUGAAAUCAAUCAUGAGAUUUCAGAGCGCAAACUCCAGAACUAUGAUGAGAGUGGAAGGAUACACAGUGUGCGGUUGGACCGCACAACCUACAAGGAGAAAAGGAAGUAUCAGCCCAAGCCAGCCAUUACUCACACAGCAGAGAGAGAGCAAAUUAUCAAGCUCGGGACUACAGAUUACGAAGACUUCCUUAGCUUCAUCAAUGCUGUGCAAGACACACUGAUGAACUUGCCAGCCUCAUCAACAGAUCUGAGCACAGUGGGACUAAACUAUCAAGAAGAAGAAAUCACGGUUGAUGUCAGGGAUGAGUUUCAUGGCAUCUUGGCCAAAGGAGACAGUGCGAUUCUCCAGCACAGUGUGCUGACCCAUAUCUAUGUUCUGAGCUUCCUUUCGGGCCUGGCAGAAUGCAGACUGGGCCUUAAUGAUAUCCUGAUCAAAGGGAAUGAAAUAGUUGCAAGGCAGGAUAUCAUGCCCACUACUACCACUAAGUGGAUUAAAUUAUACAGCUGUCGGUUCCAUUCAUGUGUGGAUGAGGAUAUGUUUAAUAACUCCCGUAUUAUCCUGUUCAACCCCUUGGAUGCCUGCCGGUUUGAACUGAUGCGAUUCAGAACUGUCUUUGCUGAGAAAACUUUGCCUUUUACCCUGAGGACAGCUGCCAGCAUCAAUGGUGCUGAGGUGGAGGUGCAGAGCUGGCUGAUGAUGUCCACUGGGUUCUCUUCCAACCGUGACCCUUUAACUCAGGUCCCUUGUGAAAAUGUGAUGAUCCGCUACCCAGUGCCAAACGAAUGGGUGAAGAACUUCCGCAGGGAGAGCGUCCUGGGGGAGAAAUCUUUGAAAGCCAAGGUGAACAAGGGGGCCACUUUUGGAUCAACCGGUCUGUCUGGUUCUGAGCCAGUAAUGAGAGUCACUUUGGGAACUGCCAAAUAUGAGCAUGCCUUUAAUUCCAUCGUAUGGAGGAUAAACCGACUGCCUGACAAAAACUCAGCUUCUGGCCAUCCUCACUGCUUCUUCUGUCACCUAGAGCUUGGCUCUGACCGGGAAGUGCCUUCCAGUUUUGUCCGCUAUGUAGAUGUGGAAUUUGACAUGCCCACCACUUCUGCGUCCAAAGCCACUGUUCGCUCCAUCUCUGUUGAGGACAAGACCGAUGUGAGGAAGUGGGUCAACUAUUCAGCACAUUAUAGUUACAAGGUCGAAAUAGAGCACAAAAAAAGCUUGAAUGAGGAUCUGAAGGGAGAAGAUACCGCAAAUGUCAAUGAGUGUGCCACGCAGUGAAGGAAGAUCAGUCUGCAAGUCCCAAGAGGGGUGGUCAAAUUAACAGACCUGGAAGAAAGGACUUGCAGGGUUUUGGUAUUUUUUCUUUUUUAAAGUAUGGAAUACUACUAUUAAAAUAAUGCUCUGAAGAGUGUUAUUUUUCCUUGUGAUGAUCCAUACUCUGAGAAGAAGCUCAUCAGUGGUUUGUUUGGAGCGAACACGUGGGCUUUUGCUGGAACUAUUUAAGUACAGUUGGGGUAUAGACAGAAUGACUCGUACUACAGUCAAGCCUGCCUUUUCUGCCUCUUCAUCUAGGUUCUGCACUGAAGUAUGGUCUGGCCACCACCACAGCCAAACCAGAAAGCAGCCUUUAUCUCAUUUACAAUUUUGCCCUCCUAUGCUGAGCAGUUUUUUUGUAAGCCUGUUGAUUUGGUCAGUGGCAGAUUCACCUCCUUCUGAACUGCCAAAUAAAACCCAGGGAGCACGGAGUGAAAAAUGAUAUAAAAUGUCAUUUCUGAAGUGGACAACAGAGUGAAAACUCUGAGCAUUAUUCUGGAGAAUCAACAAAUUCUGCAUCUUAAACAUAGUAAAUGGUCAAGCAGAUGAACUACAGACAGGACAGUUAAUCAUGUAGCUGUUCUGUUCACCCCCUCCUGUCUCAUCCCCUGAACAACAGCAGGUCGUUGUGCACAUUUUCGUGGGGUCUGCACAAGUUACAAGAAAGCCUCUGGAAUUUCUUAAAGUUUUUCUUUGUUAGUCUGGGCUGUUCUGUUAUCUUGUCUGAACAUGGUUACGGCUGCUAGUAACAGGGAAUGUGUGUUACAAUAGAGGUGAUGCGGGAGGGACUUUGCUAAAGAUCAGACCAUGUCUGCCUAGAAAGGUAUUUAAGGGAAAAGCAUUGGGGUUUGGUUUUGGGUUUGUUUUUUUAAUAUCUUUUCUUGGAUGGGUAAGGUGGGUGUUUACUGAAAAUGUCAGAACGUGGUUAUUUUAACAGACAAUGUGUGCUUGCCUUCCUGAAAAUCCUUGGAAUUCUGUCCAGCACAAUAUUACUUUCAUGUUCUAUCUUGAACCUCCAAUAUAGGUAACUUGUAUGUUUAUAAAACCCCCACUAACUGGGACCCCAAAUCUCCUUUCAUAAAUUAACAACAAGCUCCCAUCAUGGAGAUUCUUUUAUCUCCACUUAGCUGAAAGUAACAGCAAGUCUUAAAACUUCUUUCUAAAUAAAAAUGCAGAAGGCAAGAAUCACUCAUUCAUGUAUAUUUUCAGAGAUAGCAGUGUUCAAGGUACCCAGUUUUUGUAGCUGUUUCCAUGGCUUGUGUAAUAUUUUGUCUCAAGGUAAUUCUAAAUGUAAAAAAAAAAAAUAUUAUUAAAUCAUUUACCUUUUGAAAGGUUACUGCUGACUUUAAAAUCACACAUUUGGAAGCCUUAACAUUGUAAUUUUAAAUCAUAAUGAAUUAAAAUUAAAAUUUUUUAAUAAAUUUAUAAA